CCGUGGGCGGGGCCUCAGCCGCUAUAAGUGAGGCGGCAGGUGGCGUGCGGGCGCUCCUGUCAGUGCGGUGCGCGGCGGUUUGCCAGAGUGCCGGCCGGGGGAAUGUCUGAACCAGCUCAGCAGCCUGCUCCUGGGGCCCCUGAAGGGGGUGCCCCUGCCGGGGGCCCCCCGGGGCCACCCCCCAAUCUGAGCAGUAACCGUCGGCUGCAGCAGACGCAGGCCCAGGUGGAGGAGGUGGUUGAUAUUAUGCGAGUGAAUGUCGACAAGGUACUGGAACGAGACCAGAAACUUUCAGAGCUUGAUGAUCGGGCAGAUGCACUUCAGGCUGGUGCCUCAGUAUUUGAAAGUAGUGCAGCAAAACUCAAAAGGAAGUACUGGUGGAAGAACUGUAAGAUGAUGAUCAUGAUGGGAGUGAUUUGUGCCAUUGUGGUGGUGGUGAUUGUAAUCUACUUUUUUACUUGAAUGUAGCCCCUUCAGUCUGCAACCUGCUAUCCCCUGUCACCUUGCCUGUCUCUUCUUGCCUCUGAAUCUUCCCUUCCCUUCCACCUAGCUUCUUCAUUGAUUACUUUAUUGGUUCUGUCGUCUUUAAGAUUAUGAAGUGCUCUACUGAUCAUGGGUUAGACUUCCCAACAGCUGCAGCUUAAGAGAGGGUCAUCAGAGUUGAGAGGAAUAGGAAGCAGAGGAGGAGUGGGUGGUUAUUAUCCUGCUCUUCUGCAGGGAAUUUGUGGCUUAUUUUGGGGUGUAAGCUUGUUCAGUUAGUGCCUGUGUGAACUCUAACAAAUAAAGAAUGCCUUAAUGUAGUGCCUUUGGGGAUGCAGGACUUCAUCAUGUGAGAUUCUUUUGCUCUGCAUAAAGAGUGGCAGCAUGAUGUAUGCUUUUAACUGAUGAAAUAAAGGUUAGUUUAUGCUGGUCAGUGACUAUGAUCCAUCUGACUGAGCUAGACAGCCAUCUAGAUUUCUCUAGUCAUGCAGGGAUGAGCACUCAAGGAAGUGAUUUAUUCUGCCUGUUAUAAUAAAUUUACUUGCUCUUUGAAUGUGGACACUUCAGUUGUAAUAAAAAGGAGUCAAUGUGAUUAUCUCAGUGAAGUGCAACAGAUUUCGUGUUGAUUGAAAGGAGUUUUGUUGCUGUCUAAAGGGUCUGUGUGGGCAUAAAAUCUACUGCCAGAAGGAAUAAAUUACCAACAGCAAGGAUUGUGGUGGUGUAUGCACAUCAAAUAUUCCUUUCAUCUAUGCAGACACAAGCCAGGACCUUACAGCUUUCUACUGUCUUGCAUCUUUCUGGAAGAUGUUGGAGUUAGUAGCAGAAAAGAGAAUGAGUUGUGCUUUCCAGUGAUACCAUGCUGAAUGGCAAAGGAAGUCCACUACGUAGUAGAUGAAGGAAACUGGAUGUACUCCACAUUAGACUGAGUCACACAGGUUUUUAAGAAUACCUGUUCUGCUUCUCUGACCACAAAAGCCCUAACUUUUAGCAAGAGUUAGAAAGUAUUUGAAGUGAUUACUUAGGAAUUCAAAGGGAAAUGCUGCUCUGGCAUGAUAUUGCAAAGUGACAUUAGUUGCCCCAGUUUGGCAGUAUAGAUCUCUAGACAAAACUGAAAUCUUCCUACUUGCAGUGGGUUCUCUUGAGCUUAGAUUUGGAGUGGUCUAUGCUGUAAAUAAACUCAGUGUGGAAUGCCAUGGUUUUCUGUAAGCAAUCUCCCAUGCUUUCAGAAAGUGCAGGAGCUGUGAAUUGCUCAAAUAUGUUGUCAAACCAGAGGUUAAAGGAGCUGUCCUGUUCCACAGUUUCUGCAGUUUUUUGAGGAGUGUAUUUUUUUUACAAGCUGAGCUGUAGCCCAUAAUCUGGACUGUAAAGAGGACAGCUCUUUAGUCGAGGAAGCUCUACCUCAGGCACAGAGUUCUGUCUAGGCUUAGGAGGAUGUAGGGGAAAGCAUCACUGGCAUUCCCAGGUGGAAGUACAAAAGAUGGGAGGGGCAGAUGCAUUUUGUUGCACUGAGUAUGCUGGAGAAGCCCCUUUCCUCCUCACAGGUUGUCUGGGGAGGGGCUAGGUUUUGCAUGCUCACUUCCAUGCCUCAGCAUUUCAUUUGCGCUGAGUUCAUCUCCCUGCAAUUCCAUCCCUCUCCACCUUGGGUGAGGGCAGAGUUGAAGAUCUGCAGUGAAGCAGCCCUCGUCCCCUGAGCACUUCCCUAAUUCCCUGUGGAACUGAGAUGUGAUGGACGGUCAGAAGUGCAUCUGCUGAAGAGGAGCCAGGGUCUGCUUUGUACUACUUACGGCUAACAUUCUAGGGGGUGGGCGUACAAGCUUGAGGCCCCCAGACCAGCAAUUCUCUUGAACUUCUCAAAACAAAGCCGUUGGUGCCCCAUUCCUCCUAUUCCUCUGGGGGCUAAGGUCCCCUUAGGCUGUCUCUUCCAUUUCUUUCUCUUGGAUGUUGUAUGUUGCUGUCUCUUCUGCUACCUUUCCCCUCCUUUGUGUCUCUAUGCAUGGGCAAAAAAUUUACCAAGGCCCUCUGAGUAAGAGCAAGGGACUGUGCUGUAUGCAGCAUUACAGCCAAUUACGCACGUGCAAUUUAUUUCCUUCCUCUAUAAACACAACUGUAAUCUCUGGCAUGUUGUAGUAAUCAACUCAUGUACUUUAAACAGUCUCAAAGAAACACAGUUCAUCACCCUA